GUUAGCAAAACGGCUGUGUUAAACUAGCUUCAUGGUAACGCCUUAGGAAUUUAUUAGUGCUUUUUUGUUUUGUUAAUGUUAUUAUAGCACGGCAGUCUUCUUCGCUGUGUGACAGGACAAUGGUUCAAAUAGUAAUAAGAAGCAGUGUGGACGGCAGCAGUCCUCCAGAAUGGCUGCUGGUGGAGCUGCAGGGAGAGAUGAUUUCCAGACACAAUUCUGGUCUGGCAGGAAACGUGAUGGGAGACCUGCUCUACACUAAAGAGGGGGUGCCGGUGCUGAUUGUAGGGCAUCACAUUCUGUACGGGAAGCAGGUGAAACUGGAGAAACCCUUUGCUGUCCUUACCAAGCAUUCUGGCCAUUCUCAGGAUAGCCUGACCAUCCACGACAAGGCUGAUAAUGGUGAUGAUGUCACACAGGUGGCCAUGGAAACGAAUGAGCAAGGACCCGCCUCCACCUCUUACUCUGUGUCUGCUCUCAUCAAGCGGAAGCUGAUUUUCAAGACGAGGCCCAAACCCAUCAUCACUAACGUGCCCAAGAAGGUGUAGGUGUCUACGUUUCCUCACUGGGUCAGAGCUCCCGUGUGAUGAUGACGACAAAUGCUGAUGAUGAAUGAUCAUCUCACCUCUACUGAGUAUACUUCAGUCAGUGCCCUCCAACUCUGACAUGAUGCAGUUUGAUUAUACAUUUUUCAAUGCUUUGCCACAUAUGGAUCAGAACGGUCAACCUUAAAUCUGAACAAGAGACUCUGAGGUGCCUUGUUAAGUAUGAAUGAGCGUUGUUUUCCCCAAAUCCGCAGAGGACAUUUAAAGCCCUGUGAAGUACUUUUUUGUUCUGUUUUCUGGAUGGGAUACUGAGUAAUUGUGUGUGGCUUUUCUGCAUCAGUCCACCAGAUGGCAACAUUAUCAUACAUUGUGACUGGACUGCACAGCAUGAGGAGGUGGGUUCUUCUUGAGUGCCGCAAAUCCACUUUAACGUAAUAACUUUUGGUAAUUUUUUUCACAUGAGUAAAUGCUUUUCAAUAAUUAUUUCAGUCAGUAUCUUUUCGGAUUUUCCCAGUAUUUGUCAUCAUUUGAUUAAUUGAAUGAUUUACAUUCAACAUUUGUCCAUAUUUUCUGGAGAUACAGUUUUAAUCUUCAGCUGUGGCCUAAAGAGCAUAACUGACAGUUCUUGUAGCUUAUGCAAAAUAUAAUAUUGACAAUUGAUUAAAGUCUAAGUCAGUGGGGUAACUGGACUUUAAGGCCAUGGUUUGACUUCGAGUCCAAAAACUGGUCCCACAUUUCCCAUAAUGAACCUUGACUCUGCCUUGUAAACAUCCACAGCUACAGUUUGUAACACAGGAUAUCUGUUCUAAAUUUUCAGACUGCAAGCUCCUGAAAUGAAAUCACACUCCUUGAAUAAAUAGACCAAUCUGU